CUCCCAUAGUCCAACAACGACCGUUGCACGGUGGCUGCUGACCCCGUGAACCUGUCGCUUCCACGGCCAUGGCGGCCAUGGCGGCCAUGGCUCCCAUCUUGGACCCGGAUCCGUCCUACUGCUGGGUUCCCACGGAAAUCCAACGCUGUAGUGAUUUGGUGGAUGGACAGAAAUGGAUCGAAAGCUUCGAAGCCAUGUUGAAAGAUGAGUCCAAAGAGACACCUGCGGGGGCGCGUCCCCGGCGGUCUUUGAGAUCCACAUUGAGUGAUGGCGAUGCUCCUCACUUCUGGAGCAGCGCAACGGUCGCUGACGCCGUGACGACCCGGGGACGCAACGAAGUCUUGAGGAAGAUGCACACGCCGCCAGCGAGAAAAGUGGUGUUGCCGAACAAGCAAGAAGUCCUUUUCUGGUUCAACAUCGGCCCGGCCAGAGAGAAUCGGGACAGGGUCUAUGUGACCGAGGCCAAUUGUCCUCAUCAAGGUGUGUGCCUUCUGUCAGGCGAGCUGAAGGAUAUUGAGGACCUGGCAGGCCCCGCUGCCGCUUCCGCUGGUCGGCGCGGCAUGGUGCGCUGCCCGCGGCACAACAAGACCUUUGAUCUCGCCAGCGGCGAAUCGCUGGGAGCGCUGAACUGUGAGGUCUUACAGACGUUUCCAUCUCGAUUUCAAGAUGGUCGUUUCUAUGUCCGCGUGCCCACGGAUCAGCUGAUUUCUGCACAGGAGCAGGAAACCGACAGUACAGAUGUCGAGAUGAAGGAUGCCACGAUGGAACCCGAGCUGAAACGGCCCCGCUUCGAUCAGCUGCCCACGCCGACACGCAAACAUGGGCGAAGCUUGUGUCGCCAUACGACCCUGGGAUGACAUGGUGAAAACUGCUAGUUCUAUG